GCAAGUUGGGGGUGGAGCUAGGGAGAUCCAGGUGGCUUCUCGGAGAACCAGAGCACGGGCGGCAGAGUGGCUUGGAGCAGCAUGAAGGGGAGCUGGGGACCGAGGCUGCUCAUCCUGGGAGCCGUGGUUCUCAUAGAGGGUCUUCAAGCAGCUCAGCAUGGUAAGUCUGGGGCCGUGGGGCCUGGGCCUUACUUGGGUCUGGGUCGGGCCGGGGGUGAGGGCAGGACAGGGGCCUGCUGUUACCCUGACCCCCGCCUCUCCACAGCAUGCGGGCAGCGUGGCCCUGGCCCCUCCACACCUCAGGAGGGCAACACUGUUCCUGGCGAGUGGCCGUGGCAGGCCAGUGUGAGGAGGCAGGGGGCCCACAUCUGCAGCGGGUCCCUGGUGGCGGACAGCUGGGUCCUCACUGCGGCCCACUGCUUAGAAAAGGCGACAGUCACGGAACUGCACUCCUGGUCAGUUGUCCUGGGUUCUGUGAAGCACGAGGGGCUGAGCCCAGGGGCUGAGGAGGUGGGGGUGACGGCUGUGCAGCUGCCCAGGGACUAUAAGCACUACAGCCAGGGCUCGGACCUGGCCCUGCUACGGCUCGCCCACCCUGUGGCCCACACACCCCUCUGCUUGCCUCAACCUGCCCAUCGCUUCCCCUUUGGGACCUACUGCUGGGCCACUGGCUGGGAUCAGGACAAUGACGUUCCCAGGGCCCUACGGAAUAUACACCUGCGUCUGAUCAGCCGCCCUACGUGUAACUGUCUCUACAACCGCCUGCACCAGCGGCUGCUGGCCAGCCCGGCCCGGCCUGAGAUGCUGUGUGGAGGUCCCCAGCCCGGGGUGCAGGGCCCCUGUCAGGGAGAUUCCGGGGGCCCCGUGCUGUGCCGCGAACCUGACGGACACUGGGUUCAAGCUGGGAUCAUCAGUUUUGCAACAGACUGUGCCCAGGAAGACACUCCUGUGCUGCUGACCGACGUGACUGCUCACAGCUCCUGGCUCCAGGCUCAAGCUCAGGGGGCAGCCUUUGUAGCCCAGGACGCUGAGACCCCAGAGAUCAGUGAUGAGGACAGCUGUGUAGCCUGUGGAUCCUUGAGGAGAGACGGGCCCCAGGCAGAAGCUCCCUCCCCACGGCCCUGGGACGCCACGCUGAAGCACCGAGGGAAGCUGGCCUGUGGCGGAGCCCUGGUGUCCGAGGAGGUGGUGCUGACUGCUGCCCACUGCUUCAUUGGGCGCCAGACCCCAGAGGAAUGGACUGUAGGCCUGGGGGCCGGACCAGAGGAGCGGGGCCUGAAGAAAGUCACCCUGCAUGGGAUGUAUAGCCACCCAGAGGGGGGCUAUGACGUGGCCCUCCUGCUGCUGGCCCAGCCCGUAACACUGGGCUCCAGCCUGCGGCCCCUCUGCCUGCCCUACGCGGACCACCACCUGCCUGAUGGGGAACACGGCUGGGUCCUGGGGCUAGCCCACCAAGGAGCAGGCACCAGCUCCUCUCAGACAGUGCCUGUGACCCUCCUGGGGUCCAAGGCCUGUAGCCGCCUGCACACAGCCCUUGGGAGCGACAGAACCCCCAUUCUGCCACGGACGAUGUGCAUCAGUGCUGUGGGUGAGCCGCCCAGCUGUGAGGGCCUGUCGGGGGCACCGCUGGUGCAGGAAGUGAGGGGCACAUGGUUCCUGGCUGGGCUGCACAGCUUCGGAGAUGCCUGCGAAGGCCCGGCAAGGCCUGCCAUCUUUACAAUGCUCCCCACCUAUGAGAACUGGGUCAGCAGUUUGGAAUGGCGGGUCUACUUCGCCGAGGAGCCAGGGCCUGAGGCCGAGCCUGAAAGCUGCCCGGCUAACGAAGAGUAUGUGGCCCUGGGCCCUCGUGCCAACACUGCCUCCGCAGACACCUUCUCUCUCGACCUGGGGCAGGGCAGGGCAGGGUCUGGCCUGACCCACCUCUAGCUGCCCUGGGUGGAGUGGAGCAGUGGACGGACCCAUCUGGAUUCAAAUUCUGGCUCUUGUCAUUGUUUGACUGGGAGAGCACGCCUCUCAGCCUCUUCGGACCUCACUUUUCUCAUCUGUCAUGGGGGCUGAGGAGCACCUCCUUCCUCUUCCUCUAAGGGAGGAAGGGAGGGAAGCUGUGAGGACGAGGCCAGCCCCAUCCUCCUUCCUCUCCCUGACAGGCCAGCCAGCCGGCUGUUGACAGGUGGCUGUGGGAUGCUGCGGUCACAGUGAGGCAAUUCCUGCGUCACUGCCCCUGCCCCUCUGCCAUCCCCUCCGACCCUGUCCCCCACUGGGGCAGGCCCGACAGCGCAAUGGGCUCUGGGAAGGAGCCUGCCCCGACUGACAGCUGCCCCCGCUCCCCUCUGCAGCACAGGGAGACCUCCCCUGUGGAUGCCCCCUCCACGUCCAGCUCUGCGGUCCAACGCAGGCGUCCCCAGCUUUCCCUAUUCAUCAUCCCCUCAGAUACAACCACACCAGCCAUGUACUUUGAAAAUUUCUUUUUUUGGGGGGAGCAAUUUUCCUGUUUUUUUAAACUUAAAUAAAUUGUUACAAAAUA